AUGCAGUGGACUCUGCUUCUGCUGAUGUGGAUGGAUCAAUGCUGUCCAGUGGUUUCUCAGCUCUAUCAGUUUCACUACAUUAAUGAGGAAAAGACCUGGACUGAAGCUCAGCAGUACUGCAGAGAGAAACACACCGACCUGGUCACAGUGACUAACAUGAAGGACAUGAAGAGACUCAUCAACAUGUCAGCUGGAGAUCAGAGUGAAGCCUGGAUUGACAGUAAUUCAUCCAAGAAAUUCCACUUGAUUCAAGAAAAUAAAACCUGGACAGAAGCUCAGAGUUACUGUAGAGAGAAACACACAGACCUGAUCAGUGGAACGAAGCAGAUAGAGGAUGAAGAAGUGAAGAAUGAAAUCAGCCAUGUGGGAAGUUAUACAUACAUUUUAACUGGUCUGUUCAGAGACACCUGGAGGUGGUCAGAUGGAAGCAGUUUCUCUUUCAGACACUGGAAUAAAGGGUUCGACUAUCAGGCAAGGUAUGAUGGUCAAUGUGCCAUGAUUAAGUUUGAUGAUGGAGGCAGAUGGAAGAAUGAGAACUGUGAUCAAAGAAAACCUUUCAUCUGUUAUGAUGAUGAAUUGAUCCUGAUCAAAGAAAAUAAAACCUGGGAGGACGCCUUGACCUACUGCAGAGAUCACCACCAUGACCUGGUCACCAUCACCAACAUGGAGGAUCAGAUAUCUGUCCAGCAGAAAGCCCAGUUUGCCUCGACUGAUUAUGUCUGGAUGGGACUGAGCUACGCCUGCACUCUGGAUUUGUGGUUCUGGGUCAGUGAUGAUGUGGUCAGCUAUCCGAACUGGGCCUCAAAUGAACCGAUGGACGACUGUGACAUGUCUGGAGCCAUGGAGACGGGAGGAAAACAUAAGUGGAGGAAAAAAAGAGACAGUGAGAAGUUUAAUUUCAUCUGUUCUAAGUAGAGGCCAACAGGAUGGUUACUGUUAACCAGGUGUCAUUAGAUUAGAUCUGAACUUCCAGGGCUUAAAUCUUUUUUUG